GGAGGGUGUCACGUGAUCCGAGGCAAGAUGGCCACUGCCGCCGCCUUCUUGUUUUGAUGAAUAAUCUCUGUGUGGGGUGGCAGGAGCAGCAGCAGCUGGGGAAGGGGCGCAGCCUCAGGGGCUCUGUUGGUGGCAUCGAGAGGCUCGGAGCAGGGGCUGGGCUGUGCUCUUGCCCUUCUCUUCCUGCAGGACUUCAGAGGGGAACCUAGAAGCUGUAGGGUGACCGAGGGUGCCAGUCAGGGGGCAGGGGAUAAGUUGUGGCUCCGGCACGGGCGGCUUGUGUAACGUCCUUGGCAGCAGGCACUGUAGUUCGUAUAUAUGAGUAUACCGGGGCCAGCAGGCCGCUGGGGCUUUAGGGUAAGGGAGUGGGGUCCAUGUAUACGUCUAUGGGAGCAAUAGGGAUUGUGAGUUACACGGAAGGCAGCCUGCAUUUGGGGAACACACGAGGCAGCAAGCCGUGGGGGGUCUGGAAUACGAAGUGUGACGCCUUUGGGGGCUUGGGGUCUACAGGCUACAGUAAAGAGAGAGGUCUUGGGGUACAGAGGAACCUUGUGCCAACCUUGUGACUUUAGGGUAGUUUAGGGGAGACAGUAAGCCAACGGGUAUACAGGAAGCUGGUAGAGGUAGGAGCUACAGUGGAGACAACUUUUGUGCUCUAUAGUAGAGGAGGUGGCCUGGGGUAGGCUUUGAGGGGCAACUGCCUUCAGAGGCUAAAAAAAAAAGAGCUGGGAUCCAUAGAGCUGCUUUUGGGGUGCCUUGUGGAAGGAGAGGCAGCUAAGGGACCGGGAGAGGGAAAUACCGGAAGGUUCAGGUUUUGAGAGCAGGUUGGCUCAGAGGUGUUUGUGAGUGUGAGGCUCUCUUGUUGAACAGGUGGAGCAAAGGAAGUUGAGUGUGCAAGGGGGGAGCGUUCUGUGCUGUUACUCUUAACCUCCGACUAUGCAAUUUUGAGAUACCCCUAAGGAAUUAGGCAGCAGGACAGGAAUUCCCUAGAAGUCUGCUUCCUGAAAGAACAGCCCUCAAGAGACUUACAGAGCCACCCCUUUCCCCAACCUCUUUUCACCAUUAAGAGGAAAACAAUGGAGGAGCUGAGCGCUGAUGAGAUCCGUCGAAGGCGCCUUGCUCGGCUUGCUGGCGGGCCAUCAUCCCAGCCCACCACACCGCUUACUUCUCCUCAGAGAGAGAAUCCGCCAGGACCACCUGUAGCAGCACCAUCCCCUGGAGCAUCCCACAGCCUUGGGCUAAAUGUUCACAGCAUGACCCCUGCUACCUCUCCAAUUGGCGCAUCAGGCGUGGCCCACCGAAGCCAGAGCAGCGAAGGGGUGAGUUCGCUCAGCAGCUCUCCGUCAAACAGCCUUGAAACCCAGUCGCAGUCCCUCUCGCGAUCGCAGAGCAUGGAUAUCGACAGCGUCUCCUGUGAGAAAAGUAUGUCCCAGGUGGACGUAGAUUCAGGAAUCGAAAACAUGGAAGUCGACGAGAGUGAUCGGAGGGAGAAAAGAAGUCUGACUGAUAAGGAGCCCCCGUCAGGAUCUGAAAUAUCAGAAGAGCAAGCCUUACAGUUGGUCUGCAAGAUCUUCAGGGUCUCUUGGAAGGACCGCGACAGGGACGUCAUCUUUCUAACUUCACUUUCUGAGCAAUUUAAACAGAACCCCAAAGAGGUGUUCUCAGAUUUUAAAGACUUGAUUGGGCAGAUCCUCAUGGAAGUUUUGAUGAUGUCGACCCAGUCGAGGGAAGAGAACCCCUUUGCCAGUUUGACAGCCACGUCUCAGCCGAUUGCAGCAGCUGCCCGCUCGCCUGAUAGAAGCCUGGUCCUGAACACUGGCUCCAAUCCGGGGACGAGCCCCAUAUUCUGUAACGUGGGAUCGUUUGGUUCCAGUUCCUUAUCGAGUCUCUACGGAACAGGCCCAGUUCCUGCACUCUCCCCUUUGGGCGGCUCCUUCCCUGUGUCUUCCGCCAGCCCGGUUGCCCCUCCGCCUGUGCCUCCCCUUUCAGUCAGCCCUCACACCCCGCAGACAGGUCCACUUGGAGCCUUGCCCUUGUCCUCAAGGUACCGCCCAUACACCGUGGCUCACCCGUGGGCCUCUCCGGCUCCUCCCGCCUCACCCUCGGCGGCCUCCUCCAUCUUCUCUCGCUCUCCAACUUCUCCAGUCCUGAGCACCAGUCCGCCGGCUACUCGGGUCACUUCGUCCAGGACUAGACCCAUCACAAUGGCUCUACCUCUGUUCACUGCUUCACCUGCGCCUCUCAGCAGGCGGCCGUCUCUCUUGAGCAGGAUGCCAUCUAGUAUGUACGACAACCCUUUCCCCCUCUUCCUUGCCAUUUCUGAUGUGUCUGGGGACAGUUCUGAUGAAGAAAAUGAAGAUGAUGAAGAUGACUUUGCUUGUGUCCAGUUUGGGUCCAGUGGUGGAGGCUCCGGAGGGGCCAGUGUUUCUGACUCGUGCAGUGACCAUUUCACCAUUGAGACAUGCAAGGAGACGGAGAUGCUGAACUACCUCAUCGAGUGUUUUGACAGAGUGGGGAUAGAGGAGAGAAAAGCACCAAAGAUGUGUAGCCAGCCCAUGGUGAGCCAGUUGCUGAGCAACAUCCGAUCCCAGUGCAUUUCCCACGCUGCUUUGGUGCUUCAGGGAUCCUUAACGCAACCAAGGUCAUUGCAGCAGCAAUCUUUGCUGGUCCCGUACAUGCUCUGUAGGAAUCUGCCUUUCGGCUUCAUCCAGGAGCUAGUGAGAACUACCCAUCAGGAUGAAGAGGUGUUCAAGCAGAUAUUUGUCCCCAUUCUACAAGGCCUGGCUCUGGCUUCAAAAGAGUGUUCCCUUGAUAGUGAUAAUUUUAAAUACCCCCUUAUGGCGUUAGGUGAAUUAUGUGAAAUCAAGUUUGGGAAAUCCCAUCCCGUGUGCAGCUUGGUUGUCUCCCUGCCUUUAUGGCUGCCGAAGUCUUUGAGCCCUGGGAUGGGACGGGAGCUCCAAAGACUCUCCUACCUUGGAGCUUUCUUCAGUCUCUCUGUCUUUGCCGAAGAUGAUCCUAGAGUAGUCGAAAAGUAUUUCUCUGGGCCUGCCAUUACCCUGGAAAACACCCGGGUGGUUAGCCAGUCUUUACAGCAUUAUUUGGAAUCCGCAAGGCAAGAGCUAUUCAAGAUCCUGCACAGCAUUUUGCUCAAUGGGGAGACCCGGGAGGCAGCUCUCAGCUACAUGGCAGCCGUGGUCAAUGCCAACAUGAAGAAGGCUCAGAUGCAGACGGACGACCGCUUGGUGUCUACAGAUGGCUUCAUGCUCAAUUUUCUGUGGGUGCUGCAGCAACUCAGCACGAAGAUCAAGCUCGAGACGGUUGACCCCUCCUACAUUUACCACCCCCGGUGCCGUAUCGUCCUUCCAAUGGAUGAGACACGCAUGAAAGCAACCAUGGAGGACGUAGCCAGCUGGAUGGCGGAGCUGUCCAGAGAUCAGGCUCUCUUUUCAGAGCCAAAAUUUCCGACAGAGUGCUUCUUCCUCACCCUCCACGCCCAUCACCUCUCCAUCCUACCAAGUUGCCGUCGUUACAUUCGCAGACUGAGGGCCAUCCGGGAGCUCAACAGGACGGUGGAGGACCUGAAAAACAAUGAGAGUCAAUGGAAGGAUUCCCCCCUGGCUACACGGCAUCGAGAGAUGCUGAAACGUUGCAAAACACAACUCAAGAAACUGGUGCGGUGCAAAGCCUGUGCGGAUGCCGGCCUGCUGGACGAGAAUUUCCUGAGGAGGUGCCUGAAUUUCUAUGGCAUGGUGAUCCAGCUUGUGCUGCGGAUCCUCGACCCUGCCUACCCUGACAUAAAACUGCCUUUAAGCCCUGACGUCCCGAAAGUGUUUGCAGCGUUGCCUGAGUUUUAUGUGGAAGAUGUUGCAGAAUUUUUAUUUUUUAUUGUACAAUAUUCUCCUCAGGUACUUUAUGAGCCCUGCACUCAGGACGUUGUGACGUUCCUUGUUGUGAUGCUCUGUAACCAGAACUACAUCCGAAACCCCUACCUGGUCGCGAAGCUGGUGGAGGUGAUGUUCAUGACGAACCCAGCUGUCCAGCCGCGGACGCAGAAGUUCUUUGAGAUGAUCGAGAACCAUCCCCUCUCCACCAAGUUGUUAGUCCCGUCGCUAAUGAAAUUUUAUACAGAUGUUGAGCACACUGGAGCCACCAGUGAGUUCUAUGACAAGUUUACAAUCCGCUACCACAUCAGCACCAUCUUCAAAAGCCUUUGGCAGAACAUAGCUCACCACGGCACCUUCAUGGAAGAGUUCAACUCUGGGAAGCAGUUUGUCCGCUACAUCAAUAUGUUGAUCAAUGACACCACGUUCUUGUUGGACGAGAGUUUAGAAUCGCUAAAGCGGAUCCAUGAAGUGCAAGAGGAGAUGAGGAACAAAGAACAUUGGGACCUGCUGCCUAGGGACCAGCAACAGGCUCGGCAGUCUCAGCUCGCACAAGACGAGCGAGUGUCGCGCUCCUACUUGGCCCUGGCAACAGAAACUGUCGAUAUGUUCCAUAUCCUCACCAAGCAAGUUCAGAAGCCUUUUCUCAGACCUGAACUUGGACCACGAUUGGCUGCCAUGCUGAACUUCAACCUUCAGCAGUUGUGUGGCCCCAAGUGCCGUGACCUGAAAGUCGAAAACCCUGAGAAAUAUGGGUUUGAACCAAAGAAGCUUUUGGACCAACUGACAGACAUUUACCUGCAGUUAGACUGUGCUCGCUUUGCUAAAGCCAUUGCUGAUGACCAGAGGUCUUACAGCAAGGAGCUGUUCGAAGAGGUGAUUUCAAAGAUGAGGAAGGCUGGAAUCAAAUCAACCAUAGCAAUAGAAAAAUUCAAGCUGCUGGCAGAAAAGGUGGAAGAAAUUGUGGCUAAGAACGCCCGAGCCGAAAUCGACUACAGUGAUGCUCCUGAUGAAUUCAGAGAUCCACUCAUGGACACGCUGAUGACUGACCCUGUCAGGUUACCAUCCGGGACCAUCAUGGACAGAUCAAUCAUCCUCCGGCACCUUCUGAAUUCCUCUACAGAUCCCUUCAAUCGGCAGACACUAACGGAAAACAUGCUGGAACCAGUGCCAGAGCUGAAAGAGCAGAUCCAAGCCUGGAUGAGGGACAAACAGAACACUGACCAUUAAGAUGUCCUUGCAACGGAUGCAGAGAUCAGCUUCCAAGAUCAGGACACGAGGGAUCAGGAUACGGCAUAUGCCGAUACUUUGGAUGCUGAAGCUGGGUUGUAGUUCACAGGGUGCCUGCCACCAAUGACUUAGAAACGCGUGGACAAAGGGGGAAAGGAAAAAGCAGCUUAAUUCUUGUACAUAUAUUUAAGUGAUUGAAAACGGAGGACAAUAGCAUUGUGAGGGAUACGUUAGGAAGUGGCUCUUGUUACCAAGCAAAAUCCUCCAUCUCAUAAUUGGGGUUUAUACAGCUGACUUCUCUUUAGUAAAAGACAAGUGGAUCAGGGCAGCAGCCCUUGACGCAUUGUUUUUAAUAUAUUGCCAGAUCUUCAUUAAUUUGAUUGUGGUUGAAACCUUGAACAUUUUGCUGCUAAAGUUAUCCUGUUCUCUCCCCACCCACCCCAUUUCUUCCCAUCACUACUUCCUGCACUACCCUGGUUUUUUUCUUCUUUUUUUAACGCAAAAAGGAAAUGUUUCCCACUGUAUUAAAUAAAAAUCCUUCUCUGACCCCAAGAGAACAUAAUCUUGAAAAGAUAACUGUGCCUGCAACAUGUUAAAUCUUGGGGGGAAUCAUAUUUUUCUAUUAAACAUAUUUGUUUAUUUUUAUUUGGUAGGCCAUGCUUAAGAAUAAUUCAAAAUGGCAUACUUGCUCCCCCCCUCUUUUUUUUUGCACAUUGAUUUUCAGUUUGGAGAUGUCCCUUUUGUCUUCUGUGGGAGAUUUGAUGCUCUGGCAUGUGUGUGGGUUUUUUUUAAAAGCCUUGUAAUAAGGAAUGAUACUGCAACAGCUGCUGCCAAGACAAAUUGGUGUGGAGUAACAGGACUUCACUGACGUACAAAAAAGAUAUAUAUAUAUAUGUGUAGCUAUAUAUAUAAAGUUCUUAAAAUCAGAGAUCGAAUAAGCUAAGUGGUGACAAUUCUGACUCUCUUCAGAGCUCAUCUCCAGUGGGUGGGUGCGUGGCUGAUCAUUUUAUUCUCAGAGCCUACCAUUCAAAGCGGGAGGUCCAUUUUUAUGUUGUGUUCAAAUUUGUAUCCAUGGCUUGGCCUUACCAAAGCAAAAGGGUGCAGAAAAAUGUAGACUUGCUUUUUUUAAAAAAAGAAACUAUAUAAAAAAGACAAAACAUUUUUGUAUAACUGCCCCCUGCUUAAAGAUACUUGAAUUUCCUUUUUAAAAAGGAAUUGAAACCACAGUGUUUUGAAAUGAAACCUGACAAAAAAAUGUCUUUUCUUUUUUUCCCCGCUGACAGUGUCCUAUGUUCAGUUCCUGAUUCUUGAACUACAAUAAAUGGUGAUACACAUUCACAAGAA